UUCCUCUGCAAGGUGGUUUAGUUGCGGAAAAAUUCCCAAAGGUGCGGAAGUCAAACUCGCUGGCCCUGAAAUUUAGAAUAAGUAUCACAAGCUGUACAUCUAGGAGACGACAAUGCGCGUGAUCUCGUUUUUAUAUUGCGUGCAAAUCAUAUUAAUCUCCGAAAGAAUUCUAGAUAUAAAUGCCUCCUCACUGGUUGUCAAAAGGAGCCCUAACCAGAAACCUCCUUCAGAUGUGCUAGAAAUUGCCAAAUCAACAACGCCUGAAAUCAUUAAAAGAUACGGAUAUCCGGCGGAAACUCAUCAUGUUACUACUAAAGAUGGAUAUAUCCUCACCGUCCACAGGAUGAAGCGGGAGGGCGGGCAACCAUUCUUUCUACAACACGGUCUGUUGGACUCAUCUGCCACGUACAUAUUAAUGGGACCUAAGAUCGGAUUAGGUUACUUACUUUGGGACCUUGGGUAUGACGUCUGGUUAGGCAAUGCUCGAGGCAAUAGAUACUCCAAAAAGCAUAAAUCGUUAAAUCCAAAGGAGAAAGAUUUCUGGCAGUUUAGUUGGCAUGAGAUAGGAAUAUAUGAUUUGCCAGCAAUGAUCGACUACAUACUUAACGCUACAGAAUAUCAAAAACUUUUCUAUGCUGGUCAUUCGCAGGGUACUACGUCUUUUUUUGUGAUGUGCAGUCGGCGGCCAGAAUUUAACAAAAAAAUAAUCCUCAUGCAAGCUUUGGCUCCUGUAGCAUUCAUGACGCAUAUUAAAACUCCUUACGCCAGGAUAUUCAAUAGAUUUCGAGAGAACGCUCUCCGGACGAUCGGUGAGUUUGAAAUGUUGCCGCAGGGGAAGAUGGCUUCGAUGUGCGUUAGCAGCGAAAAUCUUGAGAAUGUCAUGAUCAAUAUGUUUUUCAACAUGGUAGGGAAGAAUGAAAAGGAAUUUAAUAGGACUAUGUGGCCAGCUAUGUGUUAUCAUCUUCCGGCUGGCGCUGCUACCAACCAAGUUGUCCAUUACAGCCAACUCAUUCAGUCAGGACGUUUUUGCGAGUAUGACUACGGACCCCAGAUUAAUGAGGAGCGAUAUGGUACUAAGAUACCACCUAAAUAUGACCUAUCAAAAGUUACCGCCCCCGUAGCGUUAUACUAUAGCGAAAAUGAUUAUCUCACCGCUCCUGUUGAUGUCGAAUAUCUGUACACCCAACUUGGAAACCCAGUCGAAAAGUAUUUCGUUCCCAUGCCGGAAUUCAACCACAUGGAUUUCGUUUGGGGUAUUCAUGUACGCAAACUGGUCUAUGAAAGAUUUCUCCAAGUAAUGCAGAACUACACUAACAAAGGAAGUGUAGAAAAUGUCACUGAAGAAGUUUAAAUUAUAUAACUACUCUGAAUUGCACCAUUUCUCUUUCAAAAGAAUUACUGAAGUGGUUUCGAAUUACUAAUUGGGGUCAAUUCCGUAAGUUUUUAUGUUCAUAUGUUUAAUAUAAAUUAAUUUCUUGAUCCUUAUGGUAAAGUGAAG